GCAUACGUUUGGAGAGGCCUCUUAUGUUUAAUCUGUGGGUUGUCAACCCGAUACUGUCAAAAUGCGCUAAUGCUUUUGAUUGCGACCAUUUCAAUUUAUUUGGUCUAUUUAGAUUUUAGGUAAUACAUUACCAGUCGUUAGAAGACGUGUAUGUGAAGGAUAUAUUUGAUCUAGUUAUUAGGUACAAUUUGUAAAAAUGGGGCGCCGAUCGAUAAAUACCACGAAGAGUGGUAAAUACAUGAAUCCAACGGAUCAAGCGAGGAAAGAGGCCAGAAAGAAGGAGUUGAAGAAGAACAAGCGGCAAAGACAAAUGGUUAGAGCAGCUGUGUUGAAAAUGAAGGAUCCGACUCAGAUAUUAGAAGAACUACAGAAAAUUGAUGAAAUGGAAUACAAUGUUUUACAACCAUCACCAUUAAAUGAAAAAGUACUUAAAGAGAAGAGAAAAAAGUUGAGAGAAACAUUUGAUAGAGUGCUCAAGAUGUAUGACAAAGAUGAUCCAGAAAAGUGGGUUGAGCUGAAGCGGCAAGAAAUGGAAUAUGAGAAAAGGAGAGCCCAUCUAAUUUCAUACUAUGAGUCUGUGAAGUUGGCUCAAUCCGUGCAAGUGGAUGACAUACCCUUGCCUACGUUACAAAUGCCUGAGAACUAUGUCUAUGGAAACAUGGCAUCCCAAAUACCAAUGCCAAUGGACAUAGCACCACCUAGUGCGCCAGUGAAACCCAUUCUCAAAAAGGACUCUGCCUACAAAGAAAGGCCAGCGGGCGCAGAAGCCCCCGGCGUGCCGCCCGGGCCUCCGCCGGACUUCGCGCUGCUGCUGCUCGAGGCCGUGCAAGAGGAGAAAGAAGCUGGCAAGGAGAAGAAGAGUUUGCGGUUCUCGGACUUGCCUGAUGAAGGCCCGCCUGGAGAGAAAUGCAUCCCCAUGCCGACAAGCCUCACCCAAGCGGCAGAGGACUUCGAUGGCGAAGCGGAACAUAACAUGGAACAUAUGGAAGAGGACCCCGAGCCGGCGAACAACGCGGCUCCCAAACCCACGUCGCUGCAGCAGAGAAUGUUGGCGCUGUCUGGGCAGAAUAUAGAUGACUUUAUGAAGGAAAUGGAGGAGGUGCACAGAAAGAGAGAAAGAGAUAGAGCGGCGGACUUGAAUGCCAGAUUGACAGCACUGAAGCGUUCCGGUGGCCAUCGCGAUAGCGACUCCGAUAGCGAUAACGAAACGACAAUGCCUCCACCAAUUAUGCCAGCUAUGCCUCCGGACUUCAUACUUGAACCCCCAGGCGUCGAGAUGAGACAGAUGCCGCCUCCGUUGAUUCCACCGGGCAUCCGGCCGCCGCCGCUGCGCGUGCCGCUGGGCCCGCCGCCGCUGCGCCUGCCCGCGCGCGCGCCGCCGGGCCCGCCGCCGGGCGCGCCGGGCCUGCCGGGCCUGCCGGGCCCGCCGGGCCUGCCGGGCCCGCCGGGCCCGCCGGGCGGCCUGCCGCGCCUGCUGCGCCCGCCCGGCCCGCCGCCCGGCGCGCCGCCGCGCCUGCUGCGCCCGCUCGUGCCGCCGCCGCCGCCCAAGCAGAUGCCGCCCUCCGUGCUCAUGGCCGCGCCCAUCAUACACAAGAAAGAUGGACCUCAAGGAGCCACAAUCACUGCCAAACCCCAAAUCCGCAAUCUGUCGGCCGACGUCACUCGCUUCGUGCCGUCCGCCCUCCGCGUCAAGCGAGAGGACAAGAAAGCAAACACGAAACUCAAGCCGGCGGUCCAGCGGCCCGAGAGCGUGCCCAAACAGGCCCCGAGCAAGGACGACGCUUACAUGCAGUUCAUGAAGGAAAUGGAGGGCUUGCUGUAGAUAAAUGGGGAUACGGAACUGUUUUGUGUCACGAGCCCAUAUUUGAUUUACACGCCCUCUUCGAACCAUUCGUAAUCCUUAUUGCAACGAGAUAAAGUCUAACCGUCUUAAGAGCCCGGUAACGAUUUUAGAGCAAAAAUUUUAAAUUGAUAGAUUUAGUCGUUGAAAUUGUACACCUUUUGUUACGUAAUAUCUAAAUAACAAGUAUUGGUUUCUAUUAGCACGUUUUUUCAUCUUGCCUUUUAAUAAUGAGGUCGCAAGCGAGCGUCCCCGGUAAUAGGUGACGAGAAGGGCUGGUUUUUAAAAAUUCAUCAAAAAAUUAUGGUUGUAAAUUAUACAAAUGAUGUAUAAGAACAGUUUCAGCAAAUGUUGUAGAUUGUUGAAGUAUCAAAAUUACGUUGAAAUGAAGUCAGUAGGGCUAAGAUGGUCGGCUCUUUAUCAUUUGUCACCAUACCUGUCCCGUUCUAACAAGUAUGUAAGUGCGAAAGUGACGGGCAUAGUGACAAGUGAUAAAAAUGGAACCAUGAUGCCGCCGCAGAGAAAUUGUCACUUGUUUUGAAGUAAUUUCUGGAGAAUAUUGAUUUCGUCUAACUUUCAUUUACAACACUUCAAAUUUAUAAUAACAAAAAUGUAGUUUAUUAAAGUUGAAGUAAAGGAUAUGUGUAAUACAAAAUUACCAUUUUUAGCAGUCCAAACUUUACGAAUUUUACAAAUAAGAUCGACAAAAUCACUGCUUUACGCGCGUUUACCUAAACGUCCAUCAGAAAAAAAAUCAUUACUAAUUAAGUGAGUCUGUUUUCAAAAAAAUGAUGAUUAUUAUAAUGAAAGAUAACAAGACGUGCUAAUAGAAACCAGUACUUGUUAUUUUUAAUAGUUAACAAAAGGUGUACAAUUUCAUCUGCUAAAUCUAUCAAUUUGACAUUUUUGGGACUAAAAUCGAUAACGGCCUCUUAAGUAUCUUACUUUUAGUAAAGUAAGAACAAAGCGGCCCACCCGUUGCACGCACAGUGGCAUUGAUCGCAGAAACCAUCGGCGAGACAGCAAUAUACAUGCGCGUGCGAUAGAGAUAGGAACAGGCGGGUCAAUGUACGAUGUUCUUUGUGCUUAGUGUCCUUACUUUCGUGUCUUUACUUUUUUGUACACGACCACCCACCACUGCCAUCUGUCAGAGACUGCAUCUUGUCUCGUUGCACAAGCAUGAACAUAGACACUUUUCGUGAGGUAAAAUAUCUAUAAAUAAAUACAGUGUAUGUAUUAAAUUAAGUAGGUAUCAUGAAAUACAAUUAUUGUUAAGUA